GCAGCGGCGGCGGCGGCGGCGGCGGCGUCUUCGUACGGUCGGCCGGGGACGUACGGCCCAGCCAGUUGGUCAGUGGGGUUGUGGAAGCGACGAGGUCCGGGGUCUGUGGGCCCGUCGCAGGGAGGACAGGCCCGGACGGACCAUGGACGGCUCCUUCAUCCAGCACAGUGUGAGGGUGCUGCAGGAGCUCAACAAGCAGCGAGAGAAGGGCCAGUACUGCGAUGCCACCCUGGACGUGGGGGGCCUGGUGUUCAAGGCACACUGGAGUGUCCUUGCCUGCUGCAGCCACUUCUUCCAGAGCCUCUAUGGGGAUGGCUCAGGGGGCAGUGUCGUCCUCCCUGCCGGCUUUGCGGAGAUCUUUGGUCUCCUAUUGGACUUUUUCUAUACUGGUCACCUCGCUCUCACCUCUGGAAACCGGGAUCAGGUGCUUUUGGCAGCCAGGGAGCUGCGGGUGCCAGAGGCUGUGGAGCUUUGCCAGAGUUUCAAGCCCAAAACCCCAGUGGGGCAGGCACCCAGUGGCCAGAGUGGGCUGGGGAAGCCUGCCCCCCAGAAUGUGAACAGCCACCUCAAGGAGCCGGCAGGCUUGGAGGAAGAGGACGUUUCGAAGACGCUGGGUCAGGUGCCCAGAGACCAGGAGAUUGGUGGCAGUCACAGCCCCGAGAGGCCCCAGCUGGGUCUCCAGGCCCAGACUGAGAGCCCCUCCUUCCACCGUGGGAAGCUCAAGCAAGCCUUGAAGAUUUGUCCCCCAGAGGACAAGGAGCCUGAGGAUAAAGCGGCCCCAAGACCCUUUGAGGCUGAAGGUGUCCAGCUGCAGGGCGGGAAUAAUGAGUGGGAAGUGGUGGUUCAAGUUGAGGAGGACGGUGAUGGUGAUUAUGUUUCUGAGACCGAGGCCUUGCCGACCAGGAGGAAAUCAAACACGAUCCGAAAGCCCUGUGCUGCUGAGCCAGCCCUGAGCACGGAUCCCCUGGCAGCCGAGCCCGCUGAGAACAGAAAAGGUACAGCGGUGCCGGUUGAAUGCCCCACAUGUCAUAAAAAGUUCCUCAGCAAAUAUUAUCUAAAAGUCCACAACAGGAAACACACUGGGGAGAAGCCCUUUGAGUGUCCCAAGUGCGGCAAGUGUUACUUUCGGAAGGAGAAUCUCCUGGAGCACGAAGCCCGGAACUGCAUGAGCCGCUCGGAACAGGUCUUCACGUGCUCCGUGUGCCAGGAGACCUUCCGCCGGAGAAUGGAGCUGCGGGUGCACAUGGUGUCCCACACGGGGGAGAUGCCCUACAAGUGCUCCUCCUGCUCCCAGCAGUUCAUGCAGAAGAAGGACUUGCAGAGCCACCUGAUCAAACUCCACGGAGCCCCCAAGCCUCACGCCUGUCCCACCUGUGCCAAGUGCUUCCUGUCCCGAACGGAACUCCAGCUGCACGAGGCCUUCAAGCACCGAGGGGAGAAGCUGUUCGUGUGUGAGGAGUGUGGGCACAGGGCCUCCAGCCGAAACGGCCUGCAGAUGCACAUCAAGGCCAAGCACAGGAACGAGAGGCCAUACGUGUGUGAGUUCUGCAGCCACGCCUUCACCCAGAAGGCUAACCUUAACAUGCACCUGCGCACGCACACGGGCGAGAAGCCUUUCCAGUGCCACCUCUGCGGCAAGACCUUCCGCACCCAAGCCAGCCUGGACAAGCACAACCGCACCCACACGGGCGAGAGGCCCUUCAGCUGUGAGUUCUGUGAGCAGCGCUUCACCGAGAAGGGGCCCCUGCUGAGGCACGUGGCCAGCCGCCACCAGGAGGGCCGGCCCCACUUCUGCCAGAUCUGUGGGAAGACCUUCAAGGCCGUGGAGCAGCUGCGCGUGCACGUGCGAAGGCACAAGGGCGUCAGGAAGUUCGAAUGCACCGAGUGUGGCUACAAGUUCACCCGACAGGCCCACCUCCGGAGGCACAUGGAGAUCCACGACCGGGUGGAGAACUACAACCCGCGGCAGCGCAAGCUCCGGAACCUGGUCAUCGAGGACGAGAAGGUGGUGGUGGUGGCACUGCAGCCCCCCGCCGAGCUGGAGGCGGGUUCGGCCGAGGUCAUCGUGGCGUCCCUGGCGCAGGGCGGCCUGGCCUCCCAGCUGCCUGGCCAGAGACUCUGUGCAGAGGAGAGCUUGGUGAGCUCGGGUGUCAUGGAGCCCUCGCUCAUCAUCACGGCAGCCAUCCCCGAGGACUGUGACACGUAGCCGCCCCGCUCCCGCCUGGCCCCAGCCCCCAAUAAACCACAGGGUUCUGGACUCCGUCGUUUUAGCCCA